CUUUCUGAAGCAUACUGUUCUUUUAAAACCUUUAGACUUUGGUUCCAGCUCUUUUGUGUUCAAAGGACACAGGUAUUUUGUCACUUGGAGAAUGGCUAUUGCGUGUGUCACGCGGACCUAUUGGCCCAUCUUAGUAAAUGAAACGGUGCCAGGGCUUGGGCUCGAGCGCUGGGACACAGUCAGUGCCGUUGCUGACAGUCCCCAACGUUGUUUUUGCCAAGGCCAAACCGUGCUUUUGCAGAAGACACCAGAGUACAACGUGGGCUCAUGCCCAGAGGUGGUACCAUUGAAGAGGAAGACCGUUCAGCCAUAUGGAUGCAGAACACGCAGGGCUGUUUAUUCUCAGGGCCAGAGAAUGGGCAUAGAUCCUUUCUGUUUACUAGUACAGACAUAGUCUUUUUGACUUAGAGCCAGAUUCAGAGUGGCACUCAGGUUAAUAAACUACAGCUUAAGCACUUAAUCAACAACUGAAUAUGUAAAUGUUUCUAUAGAUUUGGAGUUUGCAAAAGUUGGGAGCAGAUGCAGUAUUGCAGAUGGUCUUUUACUUUCUGUGCUGUAUCACUGACCCUGUUCUACUAGUCAAACCCCUAUGUUACCAACAGCUAUCUGUAAAGAUUUUUUUUUCUCCGCCUCUUCUCUUCCCCCUAACUCUGAAUAGCACUGUGGUUCCUCAUACUCUGUUACCUCCUUUUGCACAUAGCCCACAGCCUCCAGUACUGCUGAUUUUUCUUACCCCAAGGGAAGGCUCAUCCACUCUGAGCUUGACCUUUGCUUCUUUUCUAACAAUCGGGUACAUAUGAGCUGAAUUACAUUGGUUUUGGGGGAGAAAACAGAGCUACUGUUGAUCUCAAGGGCACAUUUAUUAGAGGUAAGAAGAUGGAUUUAAGGGAGUGGCUCUUGAAUAAGGUGCUAGACUAUUUGUUUAACCAGUCACAUGGAUAAUUUGGGAUUAUUUUUUUUUUCUUUCUUUCUUGCUGACAGCCCUACAGUGUUAACACAGACAAGGAUAUUAAUUUUGAAUCAGAAAUCCUUCACGUUAUCUUCAAAGCAAUCCUGAAUACCAUGUGUGAUCUCGAGCAUCUUGAUAUAGAACUAGAAGGCUAGAUUUGCUGGCAUCUCUUCAAAAGAGAAGGAAAAGAAAGAUCAGCACUCCAUAUAUGAAGAGUUAAGAUCAUAUCAUCUGUUGUUUAAGCUAAUCCAAAAGUAAAUGAGGAACUUAGGAAAAGAUUGCCAACUCCAAAUCAACACAGUUACACAGAAUUGAAAAAGAAGCGUACGGCUUCAUUUGAGGGACUCUUGUAAGGAACUCAGUGUUCUGCAAUAUGAGCUCUGAAAUCAUCAAGCAAAAACUGGACUCAGUGCCAGAUCAAACAAGUUCAGAAGAACAAAUGGAGAACUGUUCAAAAGAAACACACAUCCUGGAAGAGAAAAAAGACGACUUUUGUGUUGAGUUUCAGUUUCAUCAGAAUUCUCAAAAAAAUCCAGAAUUUUUCAUCCAGGCAGAAGCAGAAGCACUGAAACUUUCAGAUUUGUCGGUAACCAGUCAAAGAGGAGCAGCUCGAAGUGAUUAUAAUUCCAGUCCUGAAGAAUCAAGCACCAUAGAAAGAAAGGCUUACAGGAUGCUCCCUGAAUUUAUAUCCUCACGGAAAGAUGCUGCAGAUCUAGGUGGAAAAACAGAAACUGCAUUCCUUUUAAAAGAAUUAGACACUCUGAGGGCCAAAAAUAAAAAGCUUCAAGAUAAGCUGUCUGAAAAGGACAAGGAGCUGAAGACAAUAAAACUGGACUUAGAACUGCAAGAGAGAGCUACAGAAGCUAAGAUUGCAGAAAAGAUUGCAGCUCUGGUGGAAGAAGUUUAUUCUGCUCAACGGGAACGUGACGAGGCUGUCAUGGCAAGGCUUAGGUUAGCCAAUGAAGAGAGAGAUGAAGCAUUUCUACGAGUCCAGCGUUUAGAAGAGUCUCUCAAAGAGCUAGAAAAUAUUAACCCUGAAGAAAAUGACAUGACAUUACAGGAAUUACUGAACAGAAUAAACAAUGCAGACACAGGGAUAGAUAUACUGAAGAAUGGAGCUAUAAUUCUGAAUCAAAUACACAGGACCAAAGAACGUAAAAAGAAAAUAAUAGCUGAAGAAAUGAAUGCAGUAAUAGAGCAACGGGAUGCUGCUUUGUCUCAAUGCAAACGGCUGGAGCAGGAGCUUCAUCAUCUGAAAGAGCAGAACCAGACUUCAGCAAACAACACGAGACAUCUGACUGCUGAAAACAAUCAAGAACGUGCUCUGAAGGCAGACUUGAUAGUCUUGCAACAAGAAAAAGAGGCUGCUCUUCAACAGUGCAAAAAAUUAGAAGAAGAAAUUCAGACAUUGCGUGUUUAUUACAGCUUAUACAAAUCUUUGCCUGAAGGAAUGAGUCUGAAGGAGCAGCUUAACUGUACUUUUGGUACUGCUGAAGGUGGACUGCAAGGCAGGGAGGAUGUUGUGACCCUUACCUAUCGCCAGAUUGAAGAUCUGGCAGCUCAGCUGCAGCAAGCUCGGUCAGAGCAGAAGGACACGGAGCUGAAGCUCCAGACAGCCCUGGAGGCUUCACGGGAGGCCAAUGAAAAAGUUCAGAAGUUGGAAAGGCUGGUGGACGUCCUGAGGAAGAAGGUUGGAGCAGGGACCAUUAGGACCGUGAUCUGAUUGAAAGCUCUAGUCUAAGGAAGCAUUCACAUCUGGUGACCAGGCUGCUUCAUUCAGCACUGUGUAAACACUAAAGCCUUAACUUAGCAAACAGUUGUUAGAAGUGGGACACUCCAGCGACAUUCCAAGCUGAGAUAAAAUCAAAUCAUAAAUGUUUAACUACUUUGCUGCUGAGUUCUCUGAUUUGUUGAAAUGUUUUGCUGCAAACAUAUAUUUGUUUUUAAGCAGAUGCAUUGUGGCAUUGUGUACUGUGAAAAAUGAUGUAGAUGCUUAUUUUAACAGUCUGUCCUCUCGGCGUUACUAGACUAUAGUCUGCUGCAAGGCACAGCUUGAUCAUGUUUUCAAAUACUGCAGGCUUCAGGUGCAAAAUCCUGCAAAGCAGUUUCAAAAUUUAAAUCCCUUAUGUUAUUUGUGAGACUGCAAAUAGUCCGGUAUUUGUACAUUAAAUAUAUUAAUUGGUAAAGUAGGUUCACAUUCUAGAAGUAUCUUUGCCUAGUAUAUUGGAGAUUUUUUUCCUCCUUACUCAUUGAAUUGCAGCUAGUGACUGUGGCUACAUCUAAGGGAAGGAUCCGUGUAUAGCUUUAUACAACGGCUGAAUAGCUACUGACAGUACAUGGCGUUUUCAGCAUACAUUAAAAAGAAAUGUACAGUUAGGUUUCACUGGAGGUACAGCUUCAUAAAUUGCAACAUGAAAGCUUUGUGACAUUGUGUGGUAUCGCAGACAGUGGGGAAGGUUUCCUGUAUUGCUUUUAGUCACUCCUCUGUCCUUUCCUAUGAGGGAAAAUCUCCCAGAUAUUCAGAAACCACCUUAUAGAGUCAAAAUUCACCUUUUCAGUGUAAGGUGGGUCCCUCACCCCUUUCCUACAAGACUUUACACCUGCUUCUUCUAGACCUCUGACUGCUCUGCAGUGCAUGAUUACCAUCCAGGUUGGGUUUGAGGCCAGACUGCCAACCCUCUGCUUUGUGUACUCCUGAAGUGCCCUGGGACUGAACUCCUUGUCUCUACAUUGGAGAGACAUGGAUUUGAUGGAUGAACCACUUGGUGGAUAAGGAAUUGGCUGGAUGGUCACACUCAAAGAGUUGCGGUCAACAGCUUGAUGUCCAAGUAGAGACCAGUGAUAAGUGGUGUUCCUCAGGGGUCAGUAUUGGGACCAGCGCUGUUUAACAUCUUUGUUGGCAACAUGGACAGUAGGAUCAAGUGCACACUCAGCAAGUUUGCUGGCAACACCAAGCUGUGUGGUGCAGUUGACACACUGGAGGGAAGGGAUGCCAUCCAGAGGGACCUUGACAGGCUUGAGAGGUGGGAUCAUGUGAAUGUCAUGAGCUUCAACAAGGCCAAGUGCAAGGUCCUGCAUAUGAGUCGAGGCAAUCCCAAGCACAACUAUAGGCUGGGCAGAGAAUGGAUUGAGAGCAGCCCUGAGGAAAAGGACUUGGGGAUGUGUUGGUGGAUGAGAAGCUCAGCAUGAGCCAGCACUGUGUGCUUGCAGCCCAGAAAGCCAACCGUGUCCUGGACUGCAUCAAGAGGUGUGACCAGCAAGUCAAGGGAGGUGAUUCUGCCCCUCUACUCUGCACUCGUGAUACCUCACCUGGAGCAUUGCAUCCAGCUCUGGGGCCCCUGACAUAAGAAAGACGUGGGCCUGUUGGGGUGAGUCCAGAGGAAGGCCACAAAGAUGACCAGAGGGCUGGAGCACCUCUCCUAUGAGGACAGGCUGAGAGAGUUGGGCUUGCUCAGCCUGAAGAAGAGAAGGCUCUGGGGAGACCUUAUUGCAGCCUUCCAGUACCUGAAGAGGCCUACAGGAAAGCUGGAGAGGGAGUGUGUACAAGGGCAUGGAGUGAUAGGACAGAGUGAUGAUUUUAAACUGAAGGGUAGAUUUAGAUUACAUAUUAGGAAGAAAUUCUUCACUCUGAGGGUGGUGAGGCACUGGAACAGGUUGCCCAGAGAAGUUGCGGAUGCCCCCUCCCUGGAAGUGUUCAAGGCCAGGUUGGAUGGGGCUUUGGGCAACCUGGUCUGGUGGAGGGUGUCCCUGCCCAUGCCAGGGGAGUUGGAACUGGAUAAUCUUUAAGGUCCCAUCCAACCCAAACCAUUUUAUGAUUCAAAGGCUGAAGGACAGAGUCCUACAGGGAGGGGAGAAAUUGAGAGGUGAGGAGGAAAAUUUGGGGUACACAGACACUGUAGACCUCACAGAUACAGGAGAGCCAGACCUAGAGUUAUAUUUGUAACCCAAACAUCUCCCUGUAUUAAGUAUGUCUUUGUCACAUGACCAAAGGUGAGCAGAAGGGUCAGAUCAGUGCUUCUAUAAACCUUCUCAAGAAGGCAGCUGUAGUCUCUAAGCAGCCCAAAUUCAGUAGCGAAUCUCAGGAGCGUGGUGGACUUUAAGCUACUCCCAGGUCCAGCCAGCUCAGGCAGGGUGGAUGUAGCUCCUAAGGCUUCUACUUGCCUACUUCUGCUUUGUGUUUAAUGUUGUUAUGCUGUUUUCCCUCUUAAUGUUUGCUUGUACAGAUGUCAUGAUAGGACAGUCUAGCUGAAAAAAAUGAAAUUUUAGUUUUUGAUGGGGGGAGGGGGAACAUGGCAUAUUUCAAUGCCUGUUUUUCCUUUCAGGCACUUCCAUGUCAAACCUUCGUCGCAGACCUAAGCUCCUCCUAGUUUUAGUCGACCAAACCUAACCCCUUGCAGGGAGAUAAGUAGCAUUCCUCCAAGCCAAAUUUACCCAAGUCACUUCUAGAAACUUCUGAAGUGCUCCUUUUUGACCUUUGCUCAAUCCUAAGAUAGCCAGUGAGUCUGGAGCCUCUCCCCCACACUUAUUCAGUGGGAAGAAAGUUUAAUGCCUCCAGACCAGAGGACUGUCACCCCGGCUCCCAGCCCCUUCACCAUCUCCCAUGUGCUGCUGUCCAGCGCUUGGGUGACUCAGCUGCUCUUCUUCCUACUGUCCUCAUGCAGCUUUAGCAUGCCAAGUGAAAGAAAGACAAGAUCUCCUGAGCUGCCAGUGCUAUUGAACCACUUCUGCCCUAAGGAAGUGGUGAGGAAGGAAUAAAGAUAAAAAUGUAAGGACUACCGUACUGUGCUAGACCAAAGGUGCAACUACCCCAAAGACUGCCUUUGGCAAUAAUCAGUAGAAGAUGCCUAGGGAAGGGUAUAAAGUCAGGCCAGCACUAGUGACCUUUCUGCUGACUGGUGUCCCACCAAUUUGUUAUUCAGGGGCUUUCUGAGCCAGAGGUGGUGGUGUCUUUGUAUUUAGCAGCAUUUUUUCAUGACCUGUUUUUGAAUCCAUUUGAACUUUUAGUAUCUACUUGUUCCUGUCACGAGGACUUAUGGAGUUAAUGAUGCACUGAAUGAAGAAAUAUUUCCUUUUCCUUGUUAUGAACCAGCUCUAUUCAUUUGCUAUCACCUAGUUUUUGUAUUAGAGAAACGGUGAAUAACCGUUCCCUGUUCAUAUUGUUUCCGUGUCCCUUGUGAUUUUAUGUAUUUGACAUCCUUCCUCCACCAUGUCUUUUCCAGAGAGAACCCUUAGCCUCUUGUAAAGAAGUUGCCUCAUGUUUUUAAUUUGCCAUGUCAUGUUAAUCUAUUUCUUUUCCAGUUCUGCAGUGUUUUUACUGAGAUACAACCAGUUUUGUGCCUAGUAUUCAAGAUAUGGACAAAUUGUGACAUAAUUAUGUUGUUUUAUUCUCUAUGCUAUUUGUAAUCAUUUUUAGCAUUGGAUUUGCUUUAUGACAGAUGAUUUCUUGGAAUUAAUAUUUCUGUAAUAAUAACAAGAACUCUAAAUCUCAUUCCUCAGUUAUAAUAUUCAGCUCAGAGUUCAUCAGAGGGUGUAUGAAGACAGAACUGUUUUCUGAAUGCAUAACAUUGCAUUUGUGGGUACUGAAUGUCAUCUGUUGUUUUAAUGUGCAUUCCCUGGUGACCAUGACCUCCUAUUCCAUCUCUUCUCACUACUCACAGUAACACUGUAUCAUCAGCAUCUCCAUGCUGAAUAUGGUGAUAUGAAAUAUCACCUUCUCCAAAUUAAUGCCCUUUUCAAGGUGAUUUCUUAGUUAAGUUGAACAACAUGGGCUCUCGGGCAAAGAUGCCUGUAGGACAAUAAAGUAACUUUCCUUCACUGUGUAAAUGAUACAUUUAUUCUUACCCAUUAUUUUCAUCUAACUACUUAUUUUUCCAUGUAAAGAUCUUUCCUCUUACUCCUUGGCAGGAUUGUUGAGGAAGCUUGUUUGCUAUGUUGGAAAUGCACGUUUACUAAAUCAGGGCUUGUUUUCCAUGCAUGAAUGUGCAAAGUUCCUCCUUCCCCGAGGAGCAGCAAGAAGUCCUCACCUCGCCCCAAGUCUUUCCGCCUCUGAGCAAAUAACCUUGUGAGUGCAGGCUUCAUACAGCAAGACUGUUUGGCCUCCAUCCUCUUGUGUCAGCUGGCUUUGUUUAGGAACGUAGGAUCGGCCAGGCAAAAGCAGUCUAGCAGGCUUAAUGUCAGAUACAUCUGGUUGUGGGUAACACUCAAUUCAGUAAAAUUAGGUGAUAAUUUUGUUUCAUAAUUUUCCUUCUGACACAUUGUACCUACGUGAAAAAAUAUUUCCCGACUCUGUCUUAUGUCUUGUACCAAGUAGCCUGAAAUUCAGUGAGCUUUUUAGUUAGGGGUUUUUGUCAUCCUGUAGAUAAAUGACUUUGAAUCAUAAUUAAAUUAGGUGUUGAUUUUUAAAAUUCAGCUAGAAAUGUUUGUCUUCUUUGAAAAGGACCUUAGGAAAUUUACUAUGCUGAGAGGCGAAGAUUCGGAAACGGUUGGGUUCUCACUUCGUUGCUAACAACCUGGUGUGUGGUCUUUGGCAAAUCCCUUAGUGACGGUCAUAAAAGGUAUGCAGCCCCUGAAGAGGUGCCUAGGCUCCUCGGGGGAGUUUGCAAAAGCAUCUCUGUGGAGCGAACAGCAAAAGUCACACAGGUCCAGUAACGCAGGCCCAGUCUUUAGUGCCCUCGAGUAAAUUUCUGGCCCAUUGAACCCAGUCUGAGUUUUGCUUUUCAGCAAAACAAGGGCAGGAAUUCUGGUCUGGCAUGUAGAAAUAGGCAAUAAUGAUAACAAAGGUUAAUUGGCUUUUAUCAUAUAGUUUAUUGAUUGAGAACUGAUUGAUGUCCACGGAGAGCUCUGAAGGUGAACAGAAGCCUGCCCUAUAUAGCAGACAAAUGCAAUUGUCACUUCCGUCCUAAUUUAUGAGAGAAGGAUGGGAUUGCAUCAGAUGAUGUACCAGGAGUGGCAAUACACUUGCCUCCCAAUGGAACAGCAGUUCAUGAUGAAAGGUGGCUCACCACAGGCAAUGCUUAUGGUGAUGGUUGUAAUUACUGGUCAAAUUAGUGUCCCUGCUGUCUUGAAGAGCACGGAGAUACUCCGAAACGUCCUUCCCCUGUGAGAUUUUGUGCGUUUCUCUUGAUGAUCCUGCAGCACGUUAUGCAUUAGGAGCCAUUUCUGGUAUAUGCCAGAGUAAGAUAUGUAAAUAGCAUCAUGUUGGCUUGGGAUAAGAGCGUUAUUAAUGCUUUUCAGCACUGUAAUUAUAUUCAUAGUAAGCCUUCCCUAAGCCCUCACUAAUUAACAAUAUUGUGACAAAUCAACUUUAACAGAAAAGAACUGUGGACCUUUAGUCAUUUAGUACUGUUUUUCAUUCAGCCCACAGCCCAAAAUUGGUAGCACAGUUUUCUGUACUAUUGUUGGGAAAACUGCUGAUAUUUGAAAAGUUCAGAGCCAGCUCAGUCUUGUUAGUGGAAUCCUGUAGAUGAAGUCGGUUUGAUUCCUCUUUAAAUAUAUUCACAAGAAAGUAAGAUUCAUUAGUUAAUCAUUAAUGUAGGGGAAUAUUAAAACUGCUUUUAUAAAUAAGCCAUCAUAUUGAAAUAGUUUAGUAAUGUCAAUAUGUUGUCACAGGCGCCUUUAUUUAUUUAUUGCAAAUCACAAGACAUUUUACAAGAUACCUUAAUUUUCAAAUUAAAUGGCUUUAUAGAUAUUCUUAUCAGGUGAUCAAGACUUGUAACAUCUUUAAUCCACGUACACAAAUGAACUUGCUAUCUAAAUGUCAGGAUUUCUCUGUGCCUUUAUUUUCUUCAUUUAGAAUAAUUCCAGAUAAAGGCUGUUAGGUUUGUUGGGUUUUUUUCUUUUUAAUUUGUACCCCAGAAGAUUUUUCCUCCCGCGCAAGAAUAAACCAUGAAGCACAUGAAAUCACUGACCAGCAGUUUCUCUAAUACCGUGCUUGCUAUGAUUGCAGCGUUACUUGUACUGACUCUUAUCGCUGUACCAUUUCACAUCAGGUCUGCAGAACUGGACUUUCUCUGUUUGUUCUUCUCAUGCAUUGGUAAAUAAAAUGUAUUCACAAGUCCAAAAAACAAAA